UAACGAUGAUCUCGAUAAUGAAUUUAUAUCCGACAAUGAUGCUGAUGAUAACAAUGAUGAUCAUAUUCUCAAUAAAAUUAUCGGCAAUGGUGGUGGUGGCAGUAUUCAUGCAAAUGCAACCCAAAUCAAUGACAUCUAUAAUCGUAGCUGCAUUGAACCGACCAAAGGUUGGGAUGUUUUCGUCGACACACCACCGGAAGACGAAGAUGAAACACUCAGCUCGAAAUGGAUUGAAAAAAUUUUGAAAUUUUUAAAAUUGAUAACAUUUUUAUUAACAUUCCUCAUUGUAUUGUUUACGGCGGUUUUUUCCAAAAGUGUCGUUCUAUUCAUGACAUCCAUGAUACGUUCUAAUCGAACGGUACCAGUUUGCGCACAAGGCAUACCCGGAUUAGAACGUGAUAAAAAAUAUGUUGCCGUUUAUCAGCCGGAUGAUCCGGAGCGUAUUGCAUGGAUAUGGAGUCUAUUUUUCAUCCUAGUAUUUCCCGAAUUCAUGACAUUAUUUCGUAGUGUCCGUAUUUGUACAUUUAAAUCCUAUCGGAUACCGACCAAAUCGAUAUUUUUUACUGUAUUUGCCAUCGAAACCAUUCAUACAUUAGGAAUGGUGUUAUUAAUAUUCAUAAUAUUUCCAUCAUUGGAUGUUGUGAAAGGUGCAAUGUUGACCAAUUGUCUUUGUUUCAUUCCAUCAAUGUUGGCCAUAUUUUCUCGUCGUGAAGAUGAAAGCAAAUAUAAAACAUUUUUAGAUAUAAUCUCCAUGAUUAUACAGGCAGCAGCAAUUAUAAUGUGGCCAAUUAUGAUGCAAGAAGAACGUAUACCCACACCAUAUAAUCCCAUUCUCAUACCGAUUGCAUGCAUUAUGAUAUCGUUAGGUUGGUGGGAAAAUUAUCUGGACAAAAAUUCCAAUUUCAAUUUCAUACAGCAAAUGGCCAAAAUUAAACAAAAAUUUCAUCGUACACGUUAUUUCAUCUAUAUAUUCAUAUCCAUUUGGAAAGUAUUGCUUAUAUUUAUAUCAAUGUUUGCCUCUCUUUAUUAUAUUGAUGGUUCCAUAUCGUUCGCUAUAUUCGGAAAAUUUCGUGAAGCAUUUGGCCAACAUAAGAUCCUGAUUCAAAGAGAUCGUUCCGAUUUAUUGGAAUUCGCAAAUACCGAUCAAUUCGUAGGUGUUGAAAGUGAAACGUUUGAAUUCAAUUCUCGUUCAUUAACAUCAUUAUGGUUGGUGUUUAUGCAAAUCAUUGCUACUUGGCUAUGUUAUGUGGUGGCCAAAUUCACCUGUAAAAUUUGUAUUCAAGGAUUUAGUUUUGCCUUCCCGAUUAGCCUGACCGUACCGGUAACCAUUUCUGUGUUGAUAACAUUCUGUGGAAUUCACUUUGAAAAUCGAUGUCCACUAUCAGAUUUUUGGAUACCAAAGUAUCUAUUCUGGUUUUGUCAGGAAGAACCAUUCAGUGAAUUUCUGAUGAAGCCACAUGCAUUUUUAUGGGUUGCAUGGUUAUUAUCACAAAUAUGGAUAUCGGUUCAUAUUUGGAAUCCAAAAUGUGAACGUUUAGCAACAACGGAAAAGAUUUUCGUACUGCCAAUGUAUAAUUCUGUUCUGAUUGAUCAAUCAUUAGCAAUGAAUCGGCGUCGUGAUGAUGAAGAAGUAAUAAAAAGUGAAGAUAUUAACCUUGAUAAUGAUGGCACUACCAUGCAAGAUCCAUCACAACACUAUGAAACUAUUUCCGAUCAAGAUGAUAAAAAGAAAAAAGAUAAAGAAACAUAUAGUACUGAUCAAAUCAUUCGUAUUUAUGCUGUUGCGACAAUGUGGCAUGAAACAACCGAAGAAAUGCUGCAAAUGCUCAAAUCAGUAAUGCGUAUGGAUGAAGAUCAAUGUGCCCGACGUAAUGCACAAAAAUAUCUUCGUAUUAUCGAUCCAGAUUAUUAUGAAUUCGAAGUGCAUAUUUUCUUCGAUGAUGCAUUCGAAUUAUGUGAUGAAAAUGAUGAAGAUAUGGUGGUGAAUAGGUUUGUUAAACAAUUCGUUCAGGUUAUCGAUACAGCAGCCAGCUAUGUACAUCAAUGUAAUAUUAAACUCAAAGUGCCAAAAAAAUAUCCCACACCGUAUGGUGGCCGAUUGGAAUGGCUAAUGCCUGGCCAGAAUAAAUUGAUUGCUCAUCUCAAAGAUAAAAUGAAAAUUCGUCAUCGUAAACGUUGGAGUCAAGUGAUGUAUAUGUAUUAUUUGUUGGGUCAUAAGAUUAUGGAAUUACCUAUUGACGUGAAUCGGAAGGCAAUGAUUGCUGAAAAUACAUAUCUACUGACAUUGGAUGGUGAUAUUAAUUUUCGUCCACAUGCUGUACAAUUAUUGGUGGAUCUAAUGAAAAAGAAUAAAAAUCUUGGUGCUGCAUGUGGUCGUAUACACCCGGUGGGUACUGGAUUUAUGUAUUGGUAUCAAAAAUUUGAGUAUGCUAUUGGUCAUUGGCUGCAAAAAGCAACUGAACAUAUGAUUGGUUGUGUACUCUGUUCACCCGGAUGUUUUUCCUUGUUUCGUGCGAAAGCAUUAAUGGACGAUAAUGUUAUGCGUAAAUAUACAACCAAAUCAGAAGAAGCAUUACAUUAUGUUCAAUAUGAUCAAGGUGAAGAUCGUUGGCUUUGUACACUAUUAUUACAACGUGGUUAUCGUGUAGAAUAUUCAGCUGCUUCCGAUGCUUAUACACAUUGCCCGGAAGGUUUUGGUGAAUUUUAUACCCAACGUCGUCGUUGGGCACCAUCAACAAUGGCCAAUAUAAUGGAUCUUCUAUGUGAUUAUAAGCGUACAGUUAAAGUGAAUGAUAAUAUAUCAUUGCCAUACAUCAUAUAUCAGGGUAUGUUAAUGGUCGGUACUAUUCUUGGUCCUGGUACAAUAUUUCUGAUGUUGGUCGGUGCUGUUAACGCAGUAUUUCGUAUAUCGAAUUGGGAUUCGUUUAUAUGGAAUUUCAUUCCAAUCUUAAUGUUUAUAAUAGUAUGUUUUUUGGCUAAAAAUGAAGCGCAAAUUUUUGUUGCACAAAUACUCAGUGCUGCUUAUUGUCUGCUAAUGAUGGCCGUAUUUGUUGGUCAAGCAAUUCAAAUGACUGAAGACGGUCUUGGUUCACCAUCGGCAAUAUUUUUUCUAUCAUUAACCGGUAGUUUUAUUGUUGCUGGGCUAUUACAUCCACAAGAAAUCAGUUGUUUGGGACCAUUAUUAUUAUAUUUUCUAAGCAUACCAUGUAUGUAUUUGUUAUUGAUUCUUUAUUCAUUGAUCAAUUUGAACGUUGUUACUUGGGGUACUCGAGAAGUACAGUCGAAAAAAACUAAAAAAGAAUUAGAAGAAGAAAGAAAAGCACAAGAAGAAAUUAAGAAAAAAAGUUUACUUGGCUUCCUCAAUAUGACCAAUGAAAAUCAAGAAGAAGGUAGCAUUACAUUCAAUCUAGCCAAUCUAUGCAAAUGUAUGCUAUUCACAUAUCCAAAACCAAAUGAAGAAGCGAUUCAUUUGAUGAAAAUCCAGGAUCAAUUAGAAGACAUUAACAAAAAAGUCAAUCAAAUGGGUAAAACAAUCGAACACCAACAUAAACAUCAUCAUGGUCAUGGUAAGGCAUCAUCACAUCAUGGACAACAUCAUCGUGGACUGAAUACUGUAAACGAAUGUUUUACCGACGAAGAAGAAGCAGCAGCAGCUACAUCAUUAUUGGAUGAUAUUGUUAAACAUGAAUCGAAUAGUCAUCAUAAAGAAGAUGAUUGCAAAUCAUCAAUGGAUAGUGGUAGUAAUUCAUUAAAACUAGAUGAUGAUGAUGAUGAUCGAAUGAUUGAAUUACGUAAUGAACGUGAUGAAUCAUUGAAUCCGUACUGGAUUGAAGAUAAAGAUCUAAAGAAUGGUGAAGUAGCCUAUCUGCAUCCGGCUGAAAUACAAUUCUGGAGAGAUUUGAUUGAUAAAUAUCUGCUGCCAAUCGAACAGAAUAAAGAUCAUCAGGCUAGAGUUGCGGCCGAUUUGAAAGAACUGCGGAAUCGUGUAUUUUUCGGCUUUUUUAUGUUGAAUGCAUUGUUUGUAUUGAGUGUUUUUCUUUUGCAAUUAAACAAAGAAAUUCUGCAUGUUGAUUGGCCACUUGGUGUACGUGAAAAUAUCACCAUCAAUCCUGAUACGAAUGAAUUUAUCGUCGAAAAAGAAUAUCUAGAAUUGGAGCCAAUUGGUUUGGUGUUUGUCAUUUUUUUCGGUUCAAUUUUAAUCAUCCAAUUCGUGGGAAUGUUGUUUCAUCGAUUUGCAACUUUAUCACAUAUUCUUGCGUCGGUUGAACUAUCAUGGUGUUCGCCGAAAAUCGAAGAUAUGAGUGAAGAUGCAUUUAUCGAUAAAAAUGCCAUACAAAUUGUACGCCAUUUACAACGAUUACGUGGUAUUGAUGAAGAUGACAAAUCAUCGGAAGAAUCGCCAUAUGGUAAUCGUGUUGAAAAACGUAAAACUAUUUAUAAUCUGGAAAAACGAAUGAAAAAACCUCGAACAAUUGGCACAUUGGAUGUUGCUUUCCGCAAACGAUUUCUAAACAUUUCCAAUAAUAUUAAUGAAGAUACACCAAUAUUGGGUGGAAUACGAUCCAAAGAACAUUUUCUUGCAUUACAAAGACGGAAAAAUACAUUGAUCGCUAAUGAUGAUAAUGAUCAAGCAAUCGUUUCCAAUAAUAAUUCGGGAAUGCAAACAUUGGGCGCUAAAAAUGAAUUCACACGUAAUACCAGACAGCGAUCAACAUUGGAUACAAAACGUCCAUCAAAAGGACCGGCACCAAAUCCACCGCCAAACCAAUAUGGUAUACCGAAUCCAUCAUUCAAUGGAAAUGAAUCCGACAAUGAUAAUGAUAAUAGUAUUGAUGAUGCACAUGCUACAACCAUGAAUCUUUCCAUUUAUGGCGCUAAUAAUACUAAUAUCAAUAAUACUCGAAAUCAUAGACGGACAACUAAUUUCAGACAAAAAAAUCGAAAUUCAGAUUUAAAUUCUGAACUUUAAACAGUGAUAAUCAAGUCAAUUUUUUAAACUGAUAUUUUUUAUUUGACACUCAAUACACUCACACACGAAAAAAAU